AUGAAUUACUUUAUUGUCGCAUUAUUAGGCGUUUUGUUCUCGUUUAAACUUUGGUUAUUGUUUAAAACGAAACGAUGCAAAAGCAAAGUGAGUUUGGUUGGAAAGACUGCAAUUGUAACUGGUGCAAACACAGGUAUGGGCUUCGAGACAGCUUUGGAUUUUGCACACCGUGGUGCCAAAGUCAUUUUAGCUUGUAUGGACUCCGCAGAUGGUGAGAGUGCUAAAAAUAGAAUAAUAAGCAUCACAAACAAUCCCAAUGUUGUGGUAAAACUUCUCGACCUGUCUUCCUUAACGUCAGUUAGAAAUUUUGCCAAAGAUAUAAACCACAAUGAAAAAAGGCUGGAUAUAUUGGUUAACAAUGCGGGAGUUUUAAGUGCAGCUUCGGAGACAACCGAAGACGGUUUGGAGAUGACCAUGCAAAUUAAUUAUUUCGCACCUUUUCUGCUGACGAUCUUACUCGUAGAUUUGCUGAAGAGGUCAGCUCCCAGUAGAAUAGUAAACGUGUCAUCAGCACUGGCCAUGUUUGCGCAUCUGGACAUAAACAACCUGAAUAAAUACCAAGGAACCGUUAAGGUUUACAGAAAUUCGAAGCUCUGCCUGAUUUACUUCACCAAAGAACUCGCACUUCGACUGAAAUCCUCCAAAGUCUCCGUGUUUUCGGUGCAUCCUGGUGUUGUACAGACCCAGAUUUUCAACAACAUGAAAGGUUUUAAAAAGAUAUUAUUAGAAUUUUGCUACAUUUUUUACUUUAAAACACCUGAAGAAGGUGCACAAAGUCAAAUUUACACAGCUGUGGAAAAUUAUUUGGAACCAUUUACGGGUGAACAUUUUAGUGAAUGUCAGGUUGAAUGUGCUUAUAGAACAGCACGAAGUAAAACGUUACAGAAGAAGAUUUGGGAGAAAAGUCAAGAGUUGGUUAAACUAAAAGCUGAUGAACUUUUAAAAUUAUAAAUACAUUUUUUAUUCACACAUAUUUCUUCUUAAACAACGACUUUAAUGAUUCUCAAACUUAAUUUCAUAAUAAUUAUUUGGAUGUAUUGGUUGUUUUUGUUUAAUUUAGUGAUUUUCACUCUUUGUAUUAUGAAGAGAAGUGAAGUCAGUACUAUUUUUUAAUUAGGUUUAGAUUUAGACAUAUCGAAGUAUUUUAUAGAAUCGUUGAAGAAGCCUGCUUCUAAUAAAAUAAUAAAUGUAUCAUCUUUUCUGACAAAUUUAUCAUAGCUGAAGCCAAACAACCUGAGAAAUGUCAAGGGUUGUUCAAAUUAAAACCUGUUUCCAAAAUUAUGACUAUUUAUGUCUUUUAUUAUAAAAAUAUAAACAUUUUUGAUUUUUAAUAUGUA